AUGGCUGGAGAAUUAAUUUGUCUUGAUACGAAAUACAUCUCUGUCGAUCAAAUGACAAUGUCUGUAGAUCGGAUGUUGCAAUGCUAUAUCCGUAAUAUGUCUGGUCCUCCAUCGCCGUUGAUAGAGAAUUACCUGCGAGAAGUGGGUUUUUGGCACAUGGCCAAGAUAGGCUGGGGGUGCAAGUUGGACCCGAAACUAAUCAGGGCAUUGGCCCGAAGGCCUGCCCAAAAUGUGAGAGGAGAGUGUACUAUCACUCUGGAAGACGUGCAAUUGCAAUUGGGAUUGCCGGUUGAUGGGUAUGCAGUCACCGGGUCCGUUCAAUUUGCUGAUUGGGGGGCCGUAUGCUACGAGCUUUUGGGUGCUAUUUCAUAUAACAUUAACAGAGGUCAGAUCGAGAUGGGUUGGUUACAAGACACAUUUCUAGAGCCGGAUAAUGAUUCGACUGAAUUAGAAAGAAUACGAUAUGCUUGGGCAUACAUUCUUGAGAUGAUUGGAGGUUAUCUGAUGUCGGACUUGUCACAAAACCGCCUACAUCCGAGAUGGCUGCUGAAACUCGUUGAUUUUAGAGCAGCUGGUGAAUUAAGUUGGGGGUCUAUCGUGUUAACAACAUUGUACCGGGAGAUGUGCGGGGCGACGCGACUGAAGAAAUCCAAAAUUGGAGGAUGCCUAUCACUACUGCAAUCAUAA